CCAUGCAUUGUAGAGAUGGCACUCACGUGCUAUCUCUUCACAAACAUCUACUACUGAUUUUUUUAAAAAAUUUUUUUUAUUAUGUGAGUGGUUUUGAGGGUUUUUGCAUGGCUUAGUCAUCUCUCUAUAUAAGAAGAGUCAUCACAGUAAGCUUUGCAUCACAUCCAACAAAACAUAUAUACCUACAACCAUGGGUAGUUCCUCGGCCUUCUUUACUCUUCUGUCACUUCUCUUGGUCAUCACUGAUGCAAGAAUGGACCCGAUCGAUGCUCUGAAACCAGCUCUUGAAGCCCAUGGCUUGGAUCUCCAUGUUAAGAUUACGUCCGAUUUUGAUAAGGAUGUUUCAGGGAAGAUUAUGUCUGGUUUUGGUUCGGAUGAGAAAGCAAAUUAUUUCACGUAUGAUCAGCGGCCGAAGGAUGUUUCAGGGAAGAUUACGUCUGAUUUUGGUUCGGAUGAGAAAGCAAAUUAUUUCACGUAUGAUCAGCGGCCGAAGGAUGUUUCAGGGAAGAUUACGUCUGAUUUUGGUUCGGAUGAGAAAGCAAAUUAUUUCACGUAUGAUCAACGGCCCAAGGAUGUUUCAGGGAAGAUUACGUCUGGUUUUGGUUUGGAUGAGAAAACAAAUUAUUUCACGUACGAUCAAUCGCCCAAGGAUGUUUCAGGAAAGAUUACGUCUGCUUUUGGUUCGGAUGAGAAAGCAAAUUAUUUCACGUACGAUCAAUCGCCCAAGGAUGUUUCAGGGAAGAUUACGUCUGCUUUUGGUUCGGAUGAGAAAGCAAAUUAUUUCACGUACGAUCAACAGCCUAAGGAUGUUUCAGGGAAGAUUACAUCUGCUUUUGGUCUGGAUGAGAAAGCAAAUUUUUUCACGUACGAUCAACGGCCCAAGGAUGUUUUAGGGAAGAUUACGUCUGGUUUUGGUUCGGAUGAGAAAGCAAAUUAUUUCACGUACGAUCAACAGCCCAAGGAUGUUUCAGGGAAGAUUACAUCUGCUUUUGGUCCGGAUAAGAAAGCAAAUUAUUUCACGUACGAUCAACAGCCCAAGGAUGUUUCAGGGAAGAUUACGUCUGCUUUUGAUCCGGAUGAGAAAGCAAAUUAUUUCACUUACGAUAGUUGAUAGGAUCAAUUAUGUGUUCGGUUCUUUAAUUGAUCUUCCUGUGUUUUCGGUUUCUGCGGUGCUAAUUCUUUGUGUGUCCCAUCUCAUGAUGGAUGUAAUGUUAUGUACCUUCCGGUACUUAGUUUCUAUGUGCGUCCCAUCUCAUGAUGGAUGUAAUAUUAUGUACCUAAUAAGUGCACCCUGCAAUGCAUAUUGUACUUAAAUAUUGUGUUUAUUUGUUUC